AUGAAAGCUGAAACUACAAUAAGAUAUAAGAAAAUCCAGACUGCAGAUCAGAUAAACUUGCAAAAGAAAGAAGAUAGUUGGUGUAAAGACUACAAAAAUCAAGACAAAAGGUUUAAAUUUUAUGUUGUAAUACACAGCAAAGUAAACGACAUUUUUCAAACUUGGCCAGAAGUUAUAGAUUCAAUUAAAGACAUCGAGAAAUCUUUGUUUAAAGGAUCUAAUGAUUUUACUGAAGCUUUGGACUAUGCAAAAGGAAUACUGGGUCCAAAUUAUUAUAUUUCUGCAGCACUUAGACAAAAUCUAGAUAAAAUUCCUCAAUAUAAUAUCCAAAAGGACACAGACAAAGUGAUUUUUUGUGACCAUUGUUCUUCCAUGACUAAGGCAUUCAAAAGACUAAACCAGAAAAAUGAGACAUUGAUCCAAGAAAAAGCAAGACUCAUGGAGCAAGUGAGAAUGCUAGAACACAGACUUCAAGCAGUCAAAUUUGAAUUGGUUCAAUCACAGAGUUUUCCAUCUCAAGACAAAAUGGAUGAGACGGGACACAUAGAACAACCUCAUCGCCCUACUCUAAAGUAUCUUCAUCUUAAAUUUAACUUCCUUCAGGGUGAGCUACCUUCUUCUAUCUUUGCAAGUCCUUAUAUUAAAGUCGAACAAUUCCAUGGACCUAUAAGUACUAGGCAGAAGCUUUGCUUUCUCAGGUUGCGGAUUUUCGAUCUGUCUCAUAAUGAGUUCAGUGGCUCGCUGCCUGCAGAAGUUUUUCAAAACUUCAAAGCAAUGAUAAAAGAUGGCACAGACAAAGGUGACAUCAGAUAUAUGGAAUUGGACUCAACUGAUGCAGCGUAUGAGGAUUUAGUUAGGUUGGUGAUCAAAGGCCAGGAAACUGAGCUAGAAAGAAUCAGCACAAUUAUGAUAGCUAUAAAUCUCUCUAGCAACCAUUUUGAAGGUGUGAUUCCAAAAGCAAUAACAGAUCUUGGCUCACUUCGGCUACUUAAUUUAUCCCGUAACAAUCUCAGAGGUCAUAUUCCAUUGGAAUUGGGGAAAUUUAAUAUGCUUGAAGCGUUAGAUCUCCCUUGGAACCAGCUCACUAGAAAGAUUUCACGGGAAUUUGCAAGAAUGAAUUUUCUGGCAAUCUUAAACCUCUCUCAGAAUCUUCUUGUCGGACCAAUUCCUCAAGGUCCACAAUUCUACACAUUUGAAAAUGAAUCAUACGGUGGCAACCUUGAUUUAUGUGGUCCUCCUUUGUCAAAGCAAUGUGGAAUGAGCAAUUUAUUGGAGUUCGAAGAAGAAAAUGAAUCAUAUUUUUUAAGUGGAUUUACAUGGGAAUCAGUAGUCAUAGGCUACAGUUGUGGACUAGUUGUUGGAACUGUCAUGUGGAGCCUUAUGUUUAAAGCUCGUAAGCCAAAAUGGGUUGUGGAAUUUCUUGAAGGCGCUUUUCCCAAGAAAAUGAGAAGGCCAUAG